ACAGAAUCCAGAGGGUUCGGUAAACACAACUGACCAGAUGGGGACAGGUGAGCAGCUUCAGGACUGGGAGAAAAAGAUUUGAACCCUGGCCGAGGGUAAUGCUGUGAAGUAGCCAAAGUCACUGCGAUGGAUAGGACUGUGACUCGGAAAGCUGCCAUCACCUGGUUCACCACAACGCAAGCUGCAAAGCUGAUGAGAGGCGGCACAGUGCCAGACUGGUUCUAUGGCAUCAUCACCCGGAGAGAAGCUGAACACUUGCUGAAGGAUAAACCUCAGGGCUGUUUCCUCAUCCGUGUUGGUGAGAGUCGGAUUGGAUUUAGUCUCUCAUACAGAGCAUUUGAUCGAUGCCGUCAUUUUAUCAUUGAUGUAACGGCAGAUGGACAGUACAACAUCACAGGAGAGUCAAUAUUCCACAAUUCACUGCAGGAUUUGGUCAACUACCACUCUCAGUUUCCCAUUGACCCCUACACUGAAUGCCUGACCAUACCUUGUGAACAGCUGAGCCAGUCCACUGUCCGUUAUGAAGAGUUGUGUAUUUUUGUUCCCACAAUGGAGGCACAGAGCUCACCGAAUCGUCAUUCACGUUCCUCAGUUGGGAGCUCUGAUCCAGUGCCCUCAGACUCUGCUCCUGACAGGUGGACUGCUAACCAAUCAAACCAAGUGUCCUGUGGCCCUCCAUUACCCCCAAGAGGAGACGGUCAGAAUUUGCCUCCUCUUCCACUUCCACGCCGAGGAGUCACCAACUCGAAACCAACACCAGAGACUGGAGACUUCUCUAGUGAUCAGCCUCCUCUGCUGCCAGUGAAGACACUUGACCUUUCAUUCAGCCAGCUGACUGCCUCCUCUAAGGAGCAGGAGCCCAUUCCUGCUGUACCUGCUUCUGAUCCCCAGAAUCCAAGAAAUCAGCCCAGCAGCCCUGAUACAACAAACUGUCAUUCAAAUACUGAAUUUAAGCAUCAAGACAAUGAUAACCUCAACAGCAGACAGUCUAACCUCAUUCCUCCUCCAAGACAGCCCACUGAUCACCCUAACCCCAGGCCAAUCCCUCCCCAGAGGCAGCCCAUUGAUCACCCUAACCCCAGGCCCAUCUCUCCCCAGAGACAGCCCACUGAUCACCCUAACCCCAGGCCCAACUCUCCCCAGAGACAGCCCACUGAUCACCCUAACCCCAGGCCAAUCCCUCCCCAGAGACAGCCCACUGAUCACCCUAACCCCAGGCCCAUCUCUCCCCAGAGACAGCCCACUGAUCACCCUAACUCCAGGCCCAUCUCUCCCCAGAGACAGGCCACUGACCACUCCAACCCCAGGCCCAUCUCUCCCCAGAGUCAGCCCACUGACCACUCCAACCGCAGGCCUAUCUCUGCCCAGAGACAGCCCACUGACCACUCCAACCCAAGACCUAUCCCUCCCCAGAGACAGCUCACUGAUUACCCUAAACCCAGGCCAAUACCACCCCCAAGACAGUCCACUGAUCAGCCUAACCCCAGGCCAAUCCCUCCCCAGAGACAGCCCACCGAUCACUCCAACCCCAGGUUCAUACCCCCCUCAAGACAGCCCACUGAUCACUCCAACCCCAGGCCGAUCCCUCCCCAGAGAGAGCCCACUGAUCACUCCAACCCCAGGCCGAUCACUCCCCAGAGAGAGCCCACUGAUCACUCCAACCCCAGGCCGAUCCCUCCCCAGAGACAGCCCACUGAUCACACCAACACCAGGCCAAUCCCUCCCCAAAGACAGCCCACUGAUCAGCCUAACCCCAGGCCAAUCCCUCCCCAGAGACAGCCCACUGAUCACUCUAACCCCAGGUCAAUCCCUCCCCAGAGACAGCCCACUGAUCACCCUAACCCCAGGCCAAUCCCUCCCCAGAGACAGCCCACUGAUCAGCCUAACCCCAGGCCAAUCCCUCCCCAGGGAGAGCCCAUUGAUCACUCCAACCCCAGGCCAAUCCCUCCCCAGAGACAGCCCACUGAUCACUCUAACCCCAGGCCGAUCCCUCCCCAGGGAGAGCCCAUUGAUCACUCCAACCCCAGGCCAAUCCCUCCCCAGAGACAGCCCACUGAUCACUCUAACCCCAGGUCAAUCCCUCCCCAGAGUGAGCCCAUUGAUCACUUCAACCCCAGGCCAAUCCCUCCCCAGAGACAGCCCACUGAUCACUCUAACCACAGGUUGAUCCGUCCUCAGAGACAGCCCACUGAUCAGCCUAACCCCAGGCCAAUCCCUCCCCAGAGACAGCCCACUGAUCACUCUAACCCCAGACCGAUCCCUCCCCAGAGAGAGCCCAUUGAUCACUCCAACCCCAGGCCAAUCCCUCCCCAGAGACAGCCCACUGAUCAGCCUAACCCCAGGCCAAUCCCUCCUCAGAGACAGCCCACUGAUCAGCCUAACCCCAGGCCAAUCCCUCCCCAGAGACAGCCCACUGAUCACUCUAACCCCAGGCCGAUCCCUCCCCGGAGAGAGCCCAUUGAUCACUCCAACCCCAGGCCAAUCCCUCCCCAGAGACAGCCCACUGAUCAGCCUAACCCCAGGCCAAUCCGUCCCCAGAGAGAGCCCAUUGAUCACUCCAACCCCAGGCCGAUCUCUCCCCAGAGACAGCCCAUUGAUCACUCCAACCCCAGGCUGAUCCCUCCUCAGAGUCAGCCCACUGAUCAGCCUAACCCCAGGCCAAUCCCUCCCCAGAGAGAUCCCAUUGAUCACAAUAUUAACAUGAAAUAUCCAGGUGACUCCCCUUCAACUGUGAAUGGCGAUGACCUGCCUUUCCCAACACGAAACAACUCUCAUCACUCUCUCAGGAUCACACGUGAUCAGGACCUAUCACAGGGUCAGUCCCUACCACAAGGUCAGCCCCACAAACCCACAAUCUGUUCAAUGCAGUUUGGUGAGAAGGAGACAGUGAAAGGUGCUCAGUUGCUGACUGAGGGAGAACAGGAAAGUGGCAGCUUUGAUCUUCCUAUAGAAUAUAUGACUCCUCCUCCAUAUGCUCCUGGAUAUUAACCCAGCCAAAAGAUUGUGAAGAUGUAAAGUUACUGAUAAAAGAUUUCUGCCUUUAAAAUUAUUUAAGCCAGUCCAGAAACAAAUUCUGGAUUAUUGUAGCUUGCCAUUAACCUGCCUCCCACUUGCUGCCUUAUAUCCCUCUUGAAAGGAACCUGGGGACAGGUCUCACUGACCUGGUGAAAUCUAAAAUAAAAACAGGAUGCACCAGAGAACCUCUGGCAGUGUCUAUGGAGAGAAUAACAGAGUGAAGGGUUCCAAUCCCAUAUGACUUUUCAGUAUUUUGCUUUUAUUUGGUGAAAGGGAAGAGCUGAGAGUGGGAUUAGAUUCAAUGACCUGGGGACUGGGAUUUUUAUGAUAUAAAUCCAUGAGUCUCAGAGGGAUAGAAAGCUCCAACCAUCCACAUUGUUAAAUGUGAUGAUAAAAUGAUAACUCACUGUUUCCAUUUAAAAAUAAAGUUGUCAUUUGUGAGUCCAAUCAAUCUCAUUGUGUUUCUGAUUUCAAUGAGAACUAUUAAAUAAUGAAGCACAGAAAUAUAAGAAAUAGGAGCAGAAGGCGGCCAUUCAACCCUUCAAGCCUGUCCCACCAUUCAGUACGAUCAUGGCCAAUCAUCGAACCCUGUCCCCGUUCCCAUUUUCUCCCUGUAUCCUUUGAUCCCUUUAGCUCUAAGAACUAUAUCUUACUCCUUUGUGAAAACACCAAUCCCGUAUCCUGAGACAAUGAAUUUUCAGGCUGUGUAUGCACACAGCCUCUCCAAUGUUCCACGCAUGCCGAUUGAAACAUUGACUUCCCAUUGUUAGGAAACCUGUGCAGGCAGUAAGAAAAUUAAAGGGAAUUCUGACUAUGAUCCCUAGUUCUGGACUCACCAGUCAGUGGGAACCUCCAUCUACAUAUACAUGGUGACAGUUUUAUAGGUUUCUAUGAGAUGCCCCUCUAGUGAAUAUAGUCACACUAAUCUAGUCACACUUCAUACGUCAGUCCUGCCAUCCCAGGAGUCAAUCCAGUAAACCUUUUUUUUGCAUUCCCUCCACAGCCAGAACAACCAUCCUCAGAUAAAGAAACCAGGACUGCAUACAACACUCCAAGUGUGGUCCCACCAAGUCUCUGUACAAUUGCAGCAAGAUGUACCUGCUCCUGUACUUGAAUCUUUUGACUAUGAAAGCAAAUGAUACAUUUGCCUUCUUGACUACCAGCUGCAUCUACAUGGUUACCUUCAGUGACUGGUGUACAAGAACACCAGGUCUCAUUGCACUUCCCAAUCUAUCACCAUUCAGAUAGUAAUCUAACUUCCUGUUUUUGGCUCUCAAAGUGGAUAACGACACAUUUAUCCAAAUUAUACUGUAUCUGCCAUAAAUUUGCUCAUUCAUUCAGCUUGUCCAAAUCACAC